CAUAUGAAAUAACAAAAGAAAAUAGUGAGACGGGAAAAUUAGAAUUUUUAAUGAAAUUUCACUAUGAAAAUAAUAUACGUGAUUCAUGUGCAAUUUAUUCUAUACAACGAAUUAAACGUUUAGCACAGGAACAAAGUACUAUCUCAACAUCAUUACCUUUGACUUAUAAUUCAACGAUAUUUGUGAGAACAGACGAAAAUAGAAUGGAUAUAAUGAAGGUAUUGAUGACAGGACCUGAUUCAACACCCUAUGCAAAUGAAUGUUUUGUAUUUGAUGUUUAUUUUCCAAAUGACUAUCCAUUAGCACCUCCCUCUAUCAAUCUCGAAACAACUGGAAAUCAUACUGUCCGAUUUAAUCCAAAUUUGUAUAACGAUGGAAAAGUAUGUUUAAGUAUAUUGAAUACAUGGCACGGUAGACCAGAAGAAAAAUGGAAUGCAAUGUCAACAUUUUUACAGGUUCUUGUAUCAAUUCAAUCACUGAUAUUUGUUUCUGAGCCUUAUUUCAAUGAACCAGGCUAUGAAAGAAUGCGUGGUACACCAAACGGUAAUACACAAUCAUUGGAGUAUGAUGCAAAUAUACGUCAAGCAACAGUCAGAUGGGCAAUGUUAGAGCAAAUUCGAAAUCCUCCUGCUUGUUUUCAAGAUAUUAUUAAACGACACUUUUUUCUUAAGCGAGUUGAAAUAAUGGAACAAUGUGAUAAUUGGAUACGUGAAUUAAGCGGUAAAAAUGCAUAUGAAAAACGUUUGAGUACAUCUGUCAAUCAGCAUUGUUCAUCUCUUAUUCGUUAUACGAAUGAGUUGAAAAAGGAACUUAAUUGUUUACAACCACCAGAUGAUUUAGAAAUAAAACCAGAAUUAGCUCAACUAUUAAAAUACGAUUUAAAACAACAACAACACCAAUCAGCAAUAUUCACUACUCAAACAAAUAAUAAUAAAAAUGUUACAGCACAAACUACUUGGAAACCAGAAACAUUGAAUAUAGGUAUUGUUUCACCGAAAAAAACGAUGAACGAUGAACAUUCAAUAACAAUCAAAGUUCUACCCAAUUUACAAUAUAACAGUUUAAAUGACAAACAAAGCGGUUAUCAACAACAACAACAACAACAACAACAACAAGAUAAUGUUUCGAUAACCACAUCGACAACUAAUACUUCGGUAUCAUCUCCAUUAUCCUCACAACAAACAUUAUCUAAAACCGAAACAGCAACAAAUUCCUCUCCUUAUUUUCCAUUUGUUUAUUCGUUCGAAAAUAAUUCAUCAGCUGUCUCAGCAUCAUUCACACUACCAGAGAAAAUAAAUUCCACAUUAACUCAGCAUUUUGCUGAUGAAGAUAGCUGGCAGGAUGAAUAUGACGAUAUAGAAGAAUUGUAUGAAGAUGGUACGAUGGAUGAUGAUGAUGGUGUGCUUGAUUGGUAUGUUUAG